AUGGAGAAUGCUGUGCCUGAACUUAAAAGUAAAGCCAAAACUCAUGUUACUGGCAGAAGGGCUGCAUUGGAAGAAAUCGGAAAUAAAGUCACAACAAGAGGAACACGUGUAACAAAGAAAACGGACUGCUCCAAAGCAUCCCUAAAGCCUACAAAAGUACCCAGUAAGAUGAUAGAGGUAACUGUACUGCCUAGACUUCCAGCUGCCAUGAAUCAAACACUCAAAGAAACUGAUGUUCGAAAGGUUCUGUCUCCUGUCCCUAUGGAUAUAUCUGUGCAAGAGGAUUUGUGCCAAGCUUUCUCUGAUGUGUUGCUCAGCAAUGUAGAAGACAUUGACGCUGAGGACUGGGGAAAUCCUCAGCUCUGUAGUGACUAUGUAAAAGAUAUCUAUCUGUACCUGAGAGAGCUUGAGUUGCAGCAGUCGAUCCGCUCGCAUUACCUUGAUGGGAGCAUGAUCAAUGGGCGCAUGCGUGCAAUUUUAGUUGACUGGCUUGUCCAGGUCCAUUCAAGAUUCCAGCUUUUGCAGGAAACACUGUAUAUGUCUGUUGCAAUUAUGGAUCGCUUCUUACAAAGUCAUCCAGUACCUCGUAAGAAGCUUCAGCUGGUGGGUGUAACAGCACUGCUUGUAGCUUCAAAAUAUGAAGAGAUGUAUGCUCCUGAUAUAGCAGAUAUUGUUUACAUUACUGAUAAUGCCUAUACCAGUCAUGAAGUUAGAGAGAUGGAGGCUAUGAUUCUUAAAGAGUUAAACUUCAGUUUGGGACGACCUCUUCCAAUUCAUUUCUUAAGAAGAGCAUCAAAAGCUGGGGAGGCUGAUGCUAAGCAACAUACACUAGCAAAAUACCUAAUGGAGUUGACACUGAUAGACUAUGAGAUGGUGCACCGUCGUCCUUCAGAGAUUGCAGCUGCUGCGUUAUGCUUGUCCCAAAAGAUUCUGGGAUGUAACAGAUGGGAUACAAAGCAGCAUUACUACACUGGCUAUGCAGAAGACAGUCUUACGCUGACUAUGAAACACAUGGCUAAGAAUGUGGUCAGAGCAAAUAACUCAACAAAAUACGCUGCUAUAAGGAACAAGUAUGCAAGUAGCAAACUACUGAUGAUCAGCACAAUCCCUCAACUGAGCGGCGAGUUAAUCAAAGAUCUGGCUUCAUCACUUUUAUUAGAACUCUAG